CUAGGAUCUAGCCAGCUGCUAGCAGAACUUACCCUGAGUGGUUUUUCCCAGCCCUAAUACACUGGGAAGAGAUGAUUGCCCUCCUCUUCUUCUGUGCCCUGCUGUGGGAGAAGGCUGGAGCAUGGGGCUUCAAGGACGGAGUGCUGCAUAACUCGAUUUGGUUAGAACGAGCAGCUGGAGUGUACCACAGGGAGUCGCGCUCGGGCAAGUACCAGCUCACCUACGUCGAGGCAAAAGCCGUCUGCGAGUACGAGGGAGGACACCUGGCCACCUACCAGCAGCUGGAGGCAGCCAGGAAAAUAGGUUUCCAUGUGUGUGCUGCUGGCUGGAUGGCAAAGGGCAGAGUUGGUUAUCCCAUCGUGAAAGCCGGAGCCAACUGCGGCUUUGGGAGAACCGGGAUCGUCGACUACGGCAUUCGCCUCAACAGGAGCGAGCGGUGGGAUGCCUACUGCUACAACCCCCACGGGAAAGAAUGCGGUGGAGUCUUCACGGAUUCCAAACACACCUUUAAGUCCCCAGGCUACCCAAAUGAGUAUGAGAAUGACCAGAUUUGCUACUGGCAUAUCAGGGUGAAGUAUGGCCAGCGCAUUCACCUGCAGUUCCUGGAGUUUGAUGUGGAGGAGGACACUGCUUGCCUGGCUGAUUUCCUGGAGAUCUAUGACAGCUAUGACGAUGUCAACGGCUUCGUGGGCAGGUUCUGUGGAGAUGAGCUGCCAGAUGACAUCAUCAGCACAGGCAAUGUUAUGACCUUGAAGUUUUUGACAGAUGCCUCCGUGACUGCUGGUGGGUUUCAGAUCAGAUACACGACCAUGGACAUACCCUCCAAGACAAGUGAUGGGAAGAACACAACAGCCCAAGGGAAAAACAACUUCUUAUCUGGGAAGUUUGGUAUUAUGUGAGCAGAGG